AUGUUGACCUCUUUCAAGUCCCUCGUUUUGGCGCUCGUCCUUGCGUCAGUGGCCGCUGCAAAGGUUGUCGAAUACACCCUCAAUCUCACAUCUACCUAUGCGUCCCCGGACGGUGUGUUCCGUGAGGUCUUCCUCGUCAAUGGCUCAAGCCCUGGUCCCCUUCUCACGUGCGAUGAAGGCGAUUCCCUGAGCGUCAUGGUCUACAACAGUCUCCCCGUUUCCAUGACAAUUCACUGGCACGGUAUCCACCAGAAGGACACUCCAUGGCUCGAUGGUGCUGCUGGUAUCUCUCAGUAUCCUAUCCCUCCCGGUUCUUCGUUCCACUACAACUUCACCACGGAAGGUCAGUACGGCAACUUCUGGUACCAUGCGCACAUCCGCGCUCGAUACCAGGACGGUGUCUAUGGUGCAAUCUACAUCAACCCCAACGAGUCUCGUCCCAAGCCUUAUUCAACAAUCGUCAGCGAUCCCGCAGCGCUCGCUGAGAUUCUCGAGAAGGAUAGCAACCCCACUCAACUUACUGUUGCUGAUUGGUACAAGUGGACCUCGGACGCCAUUCUCGCGCGUGAGUUCACCUUUGGGAUCGAUCCGCCUUGCAUCCAGAGUUUUCUCAUCAAUGGCAAGGGUCGUAUUGUCUGCGAGAACGAGGAUGAGAUUCUCGCUGCUGGUGCCUGGCGUCAGCAGGGUGUUUACGCUGCUGCUGGAUACAUUCCCAACUUUGACUCUCAGGGCUGUACCAACAUCACUCUCAUUAACGGAUUCGCCGGUGCUGACCAGCAGGCUCUCGAGGCUCCUGGAAAUUCGUUGCAGUGCACUCCUUCGUCUACCGAUCGUGAGGUCAUCUACGUGAACGGCUCGUCUUACAUGCUCUUCGAUCUCACAAACAUGGGUGGAGAAAUGGGUGUUCAUUUCUCAAUCGACUCGCAUCCGUUUUGGGUUGUUAUGGUCGAGGGUAUCUAUGUCGAGCCUCAGUUGGUAGAGCAGAUCUACGUCGGUGUUGGCCACCGAUUCCUUAUCUUGGUUGAGACGAACAAGGAAUAUGGCAUUUACGGCAUGCGUUUCGCUUCUUAUGAGCUCGCGCAGGUCAUCGAGGGACUUGCGUUUUUGUCGUACGUUCCCGACGUCGGCCAGCCGUUCAGACCAAGUGAGAACGUUACCGUCUAUCAGGAUAUUGGUGGUAACCUCGUCGGAGACUUUUCUCAGUUCAAUGCUUCCAUUGCUUUUCCGUUCGAUAAGUCGGUGAAGCCCCCGUCUGGAGCUGCCGAUCAUACAAUCCAUCUCAUCUCCAACAGAACUGGCGCGGUGUUCUUUUCCCUUACCGAAGAUGGUGCCAUGAUGUCUCAAAACAUGGAGAUCGAUGAACCAGUUCUGUGGGCAGACAAUCUCCCCAACAGCAGUGUUAUUAUUGAUCCCGGUAUCAAGACGGGUGAUCUUAUUGACAUCAUCCUCGACAAUACCAAACUUAUUGCUCACCCAAUCCAUCUCCACGGCCACAACUUCUACCUGGUCUCGGAAUCGGACUCUGAGAACUUCCCGUACGCCACGGUUGCCGAGGCGGUCGCUGAUGGCUAUGCAAACCUCAACCUUGAAAAUUCCGUUUACCGCGACGGAUACAGUAUCCAGGUUGGCGGACACAUGGUUUUGCGGUUCGUCGCUGAUAAUCCGGGAGCCUGGAUGUUGCACUGCCAUCUCAACACACAUCUGAUGGGCGGUAUGGGUGUCGUCAUCAUGGAGGAUCGCGAGGAGGCGCUCAAGAAGCUGCCUGCAAAGUACAAGCAGACCAGUCCAUGA